AUGUCGACCGCCGAGAUGUCCUUCUCCCCUACCCAUCCCGUCGAGCACGCCGAGUUCGACGUCGAGGGCAUCCUCUUUGACAUGGACGGCACCCUCGUCGACUCGAUCAAGUCCCAUCUUCCAGCUACUAACACGAGUCUCGCUCGCACAGUCGAAGCCGCCUGGGCCGGCGUCGCGCAAGAAAUCGGUCAGGACCCCGAAGAGGUCAUCGCCGCGACGCACGGCCGGCGCGCGAUCGACAACCUCCGCGACCUCAAGCCCAAGCUGCGGCGCUUGACGAACGAGCAGAUGGAGCCGCAUGUCGAGGAGUUCGAGAAGCGCAUCCUCAAAGAAGCAGACGAGUUCACCGAACGUGUCCGCUCGCGCCGCAGUUCCGAAAGCUCCUCCCGGCGCAACUCGAACCAGUCUUCCCGCCGCCCUUCCCGUCGCGGAUCCAGCUCGUCCGGUCCGAACCCCCUCUUGUCGGGAUUGGCGGGCGGACAGUUCUCCUUGAGCAAGAUCUCCACUGGCGCGGCGACGAGCGAGGGAGGACGCGGGACGCCGGAGAGUGGCAAGACGGAUGCGGAUCUGGAUACGGUCAAUCAGAAGUUGGCGAAACUCGACCCGAACGACGACAGGAUGGCCCAGCUCGAUGCGGAUCCGUUUGCGGAUAGCGAUGAGGAGGACGAGGAGGACAACGAGUUUGAUCUGAAUGAGUACACCGAGGAGGAGAUUGGCUGCACCAACAAGAGCGUCCGCAUUCUUCCCGGCGUCCGCCGCCUCAUUGAGUCGCUUCCGGCUGGUCGUUUCGCCGUCGCUACUUCGGGCGCGAAGACCUACUGCCACGGCGCCCUCGCUCGCGCGGGCAUCAAGCGUCCCAAGGUGACCGUCACCGCCGACGACCCCCGCCUGACCGCCGGCAAGCCCGACCCCGCCCCGUUCCUCCUCGCCGCGAAAGACCUCGGCAUCCCCAUCGAAAAAUGCCUCGUCUUCGAGGAUUCUCCGUCGGGUAUCAAAGCCGGUGUCGCUUCGGGCGCACGGACGAUCGCCAUUUGCACCAGUCACCCGGUCGAGAAGAUCAAUUCCCAGGGCGCGCACUACAUCGUCCCUUCGCUCGACUGUGUCCAUGCGCGUCGCAACAAGGACGGCACGAUCCAUAUCACGAUUGAUGCGCACCCGCCUGACCACCCUCGUCAUGGGUCGCGCGGGUCGUUCGUCGCUGUUCCGCCUGACUGGAAGCAGAUGGUUGACGACACCAAGGCCAAGUGGGACUCGAUGAAGACGGAUGGCGCUGCGAACGGGAACGGGAACGGGAACGGCGACAAGGUCGGCUCGUCGCCGCUCUCGCAAGAACCGGAGCAGAUCAACGGCAAGACUGAGGCGACCGCUUAG